UCCGCAGUCAAAUAUGCCGAUGAUGGCAGCCUGCAGCUGUCGCAGUCGGCGCUGCACCACCUGCGCUGGAUGCUGCAGAAGGACGCACUGCGUCAGGACAUGUUCCUGCUGGGCCAGCCGGGUCCGCUGCGCCGCCAGCUGGCGCUGCAGUUCCUGGAGCUGACGCAGCGCGAGGUGGAGUACGUGGCGCUCAGCAGGGACACCACCGAGAGCGACCUCAAGCAGCGACGCGAGAUCCACGACAAGGCGGCCGUCUACCACGACCAGGGCGCGGUGCGAGCGGCCCUCAAUGGCCGCGUCCUCAUCCUCGACGGCGUGGAGCACGCGGAGCGGAACGUCCUGCCCAUACUGAACAAUCUGCUGGAGAAUCGCGAGAUGCAUCUGGAGAGCGGCAAGUUUCUGAUGUCGCCCGAGCGGUACGACAAGCUGCUGGAGAAACACUCACGGGAGCAGCUGGACGAGUGGGGUCUGCUGCGGGUCUCCGAGCAGUUCCGGGUGGUGGCCUUGGGCCUGCCCACGCACAAGUACAAGGGCACUCCGCUGGAUCCGCCGCUGCGGUCCCGCUUCCAGUCGCGCAACGUGACCGCCUACUCCUACGGCGAGCUGUUCGAGGAGCUGCAGCAGGAGGCGCCUUCUGUGCCCGCCGAGCACCUCAAACAGCUGCUCACCUUCGCCCUCACCUUGCAGCAGGCGGAUCCGGCGCUCCAGUUGCCGGACUUUCCACUGCACAACCUGCGAUUGGGUGUGCAAAUGAUGGAGGCCAAUCCUUUGCUGAGCCUUUACGACGUGCUCAGUCGCUUGUAUCCCUACCAGAGCAUGCUGAAGCCCGACCAAAAGAAGCGCGUGGAGGAGCUGCUCAAGAAGCUGGACAUCCAGUUGGCGCCCAGCCAGAGCAUCAAGAAGAUCGAGAGUGGGCCAGGGGCUGGUGGCCAGGUGCAGCUCAAGCUGGACGAGCUGCAGCUGACACUGCCCGGCGGAGAGACGGCCCCGAGGAGCUCCAGCUUCGUGGACCUGCCCCACCAGCGGCAGGCGCUGGCCAGUCUGCUGCAGGCCUACGCCGUGGGCGACGUGUGCCUCAUGGGCGAGAAGGGCGUGGGCAAGCUGACCCUCGUCCAGGAGCUGCUCCGCCUGCUGCGGCAGAGCGCGGAGCCCAUGAUGCUCUACGAGGACAUGACCAGCCGGGACAUCGUGCAGCAGCGCAUCACCAGUCCGCAGGGCGACACCGUGUGGCGCGACUCGCCGCUGGUGCGGGCCGCCAAGUCCGGCUCCGUGGUGCUCCUCAAUGGCCUGCACCGCCUGCACAAGAGCACGGCCAGCGUUUUGCAGCGUCUCAUUCACGAUCGGGAGCUGCAGCUGUGCGACGGCAGCACCCUGCUGGGUGCGAACCGCUACCGGAGCCUGCUCCAGCAGGGCUUCUCCGCGGAGCAGCUGGCCGAGAUGGGCUUCCUGCCGCUGCACGAGUCCUUCCGCGUGGUGGCGCUGGCGGAGCCCCCGCGUCCGGGUGGCGGCCAGCCCAGUUGGCUGACUGCCGAGCUGCUCGGCCUGUUCCUCUACCAGGAGCUGCGUCCACUGCGCCAGGCGGAGGAGCAGCAGCUGCUGGCCCAGCUCUGCGGCGGCUCACUGCCCGCUGGAGGGGAGGGGCUGCUGAAACUGGCCCACUUGCUGCGCUCCUCGCCGGAUCCGCUGCUCCAGGGCCUGGCCGGCACACUGUCCACCAGGCAGUUGCUCAAGCUGGCCCGCCGCCUGGCCGCCUAUCCGCAGAGCGAUGUCCACGAGAUGCUGCAGAACACAUUCCUGGCCAGGUUCAUGCCCGCCCUGUCGCGCAGUGCCUUGGAGCAGGCGCUCCGCCAGGUGGGCAUUGAGUCCGGAGCUUCGAGAGUCACCAAGAAUCACAUAUCUGUGGAGGCCAACACCUUGAGGAUUAACUCCACCCUUUACACACGAGGAGAAAUUACACAGGAAGAGCUCUCCAAGGUGCCCAGCACGCUGUUCUACGAGAUGCCCCAGCAUAUCAGGCUGCUGGAGCUCCUGCUGCAGGACUACCUCAACGGGGAGCACCUCCUGCUGGUGGGCAACCAGGGCGUGGGCAAGAACAAGCUGGUGGACCGCCUGCUGGAGCUGAUGCAGCGCCCAAGGGAGUACAUCCAGCUGCACCGCGACACCACAGUGCACAGUCUGACGCUGCAGGCCACGCUCAAGGAUGGCCAGGUGGCCUACGAGGACAGUGCUCUGGUGCAGGCGGUCCGGUCGGGUCAUGUCCUGGUCGUGGAUGAGGCGGACAAGGCGCCGGUGAACGUGACCUGCAUACUGCGAACGCUGGUGGAGAGUGGCCAAAUGGUCCUCGCCGAUGGCCGGAGGAUUGUGCCAGCUGGCUGUGGAGGCAGCGCACCCAAUGCCAUAGAAACGCAUCCCGAUUUCCGGCUCAUCGUGCUGGCCAAUCGUCCGGGCUUCCCCUUCCUGGGCAACGACUUCUUUGCCGCCCUGGGCGAUGUCUUCAGCUGCCAUGCCAUCAGCAAUCCGGAUCCGGACUCCGAGAUCUUUCUGCUGCAGCAAUAUGGUCCCGGGGUUCCCCUCAAAACACUUCGCACCCUGGUCAACGCCUUUGGAGAACUGAGAUCGCUGGCGGAUGAGGGCCUGCUCAACUAUCCCUACUCCACGCGUGAGGUGGUGAGCAUUGUGCGGCACCUGGAGCGCUAUCCCCAGGAGCACCUCUCCGAGGUCGUCUGCAACGUGCUGGACUUCGAUCGCUACCAGCCGGAGGCACUGCAGCAGGUCAGUCAGGUGCUGGCCAAGCAUGGCAUCGAGUGCCUUGCCAGCGAGGAGGAACUCCUGACCAUGCGGGGCAAGAAGACCCAGCUGGAGGCCUCCAUCAAGCGGCACAGUGGCCUCGGUGUCUCGGGCCCAAAGUUCGGCAAGCUGGAUCCCAAGAAUGAGCCGCAUGUGGGCGGCAACACGUGGGCGGGCGGCAGUGGGGGGCGUGACACCGCCGGACUGGGCGGCAAGGGAGGACCCUUCCGGCUGGACAAGGGCCAUCAGGUGCACCAGCUGAGUGACGAGGAGAAGGCCGAUGUGCCCGAGGAGAUCAAGAAGGCGGCCCGCGAAAUGAACCGGCGCGCCUUCGAGGAGAAGCUCCGCGAGAUCAAGAUGUCCGCCCACGACCACAAGCUCUACGCCCAGUUCAGCGAGCCCAAUCGCCGGCCGGUGCAGCAGCUGAAGGCCAUCCUGGAGGCCAUGCAGACCAAGAGCAGGGAGCGCCAGUGGCAGAAGUACCAGACGCACGGCGACCUGGACGACACCCGGCUGGUGGAGGGCAUCACCGGCGAGAAGAACAUCUACCGGCGGCGCGCGGAGGCCAAUCCCUGGGCCGACCACGUCCAGGAGAAGCCCAACCGGCUCAAGCUGGUCGUCGAUGUCUCCGGCUCGAUGUACAGGUUCAAUGGCUACGAUGGACGGCUGGACCGACAGCUGGAGGCCGUGGUCAUGGUGAUGGAGGCCUUCGAGGGCUUCGAGAAGAAGAUCGUCUACGACAUCGUCGGCCACAGCGGCGAGGGCUGGGAGAUUCCGUUCGUGGCGGCGGGCAGUCCGCCGAAGAACGACAAGGAGCGGUUCGAGGCCAUCCGGAUGAUGCACGCGCACUCGCAGUUCUGCUGGUCCGGCGACUCCACGGUGAAGGCGGCCCGCGAGGCCUGCUCCACGCUGGGGGCGGAGCAGGACUACGACAACGCCAUCGUGGUGGUGCUCAGCGAUGCCAAUCUGCAGCGCUACGGCAUCGCGCCCAAGGACCUGGCCGUGGCCCUCAAGCGGGGCGAGCCGAAGGUCAAAGGUUAUGCCAUCUUCAUUGGCAGCCUGGCCGAGGAGGCCGAUGAAAUCAAUGCAGAAAUGCCGGCGGGCCAGAGUUUCGUGUGCAUGGACCUCACCAAGCUACCUCACAUCCUGCAGCAGAUCUUCACCUCCUCGCUGCUGUAGUUACUUGAAGUGCAAUUGCAGGAUACCCAGGAAUGGGAUUACAAUAGAUUAGGUUUAUGUUGAACGCAGUGUUGAUAAUUCCAGUUGUAGUUAAGCCUGAAUUGAGUCUAUAAAUCGAGCAAUAAAUUGUACCAUACUGAUGGUAAAUCAAGGAAA